AGGUCGAAUCAGAAGAUAAUAGUUACGGAAUAUCUCAAAAUCCAGAUACAAAAGAUUAUAUACUGGUUGUUAAUGAAAUGUACUGCGAAAAAUGUGGUGAAAAAUAUGCAAAUGACUUGUACAAAUUGUGUAAACCAUGUCUAUCAAAUGAUAAAAAUGCAAAAAUUUUUAAUUUUAUUGAUAAUUCUAAAUUGAAAUGGAUUUUAUACAGUCAGUUCAAGAAUGUUGAAAAAAUUGGCAAAGGUGGAUUUGCCACAGUAUAUUCAGCAAUGUGGAAUAAUAAGAAAGUUGCUUUAAAGUGUUUACAUAUUAAUUCACAUAAUCUUAUUGAUGAGUUUCUAAAUGAGGUUAGUGCAUAUUCAGCAUAUUCAAACCAAGAUUUUAGUAGCAAUAUUCUUAAAUUAUAUGGAAUAUCUCAGAAAGAUACAGAAAAUUAUGUUAUAGUUCUUGAAUAUGCAGAAGGUGGAAAUUUUAAUGAUUAUUUAUACAGAAAUUACAAAAAAUUUAAUUGGUUAAAUAGACUUCAAAUAUUAAUUGAUAUUAUUAGAGGUCUUAAAGAAAUUCAUCAAAAGCGGAUGGUUCAUCGUGAUUUUCAUAUAGGAAAUAUAUUAUUCAAAUAUAUUAAAUAUAAUGAUACAUAUAUAUCUGAUAUGGGACUAUGUGGAGAGGUUGGUAAUAUUGAUGAAACAAAAAUUUAUGGAGUUAUGCCUUAUGUAGCUCCUGAGGUGUUAAAAGGUAAAAAUUAUACUCAAGCAGCAGAUAUAUAUAGCUUUGCAAUGAUUAUGUAUUUUAUAGCAACUGGAAGACAACCUUUUGCUGAUCAUGCUCAUGAUAAUCUUUUAGCAUUAAAUAUAUGUAAUGGAAUUAGACCUGAAAUAGAUAAGUCAAAAGCACCAAAAUGCUACAUUGACUUAAUGAAAAGUUGUUGGAAUUCAAAUCCAAAGAAUAGACCAGAUGCUACUAAAAUAGAAGAAUUAAUUUGCUUAUUUCGUUACUCAUAUAUGCUAGAUGCAUCAGAAUUUAAACUUAACAUGAAAGUUAAAAAAGAACAACAACACUAUGAAAUUGAAAAGCAAUUUAAAGAAGCAGAUGAAUAUAGAAAAGCAAACCCCUUAUUAAUUAAAACUACACAUCCACAAGCUAUUUAUACAUCUCGAUUGCUUAAUCCUUUUACAGGAGAUCUUCCAGAAGAUGAUAAAGGUGUAGGUGAUGAUAGUUUGGUAAAAUGUGAUGAUAAUAUGUAUAAUAAUUCAGUAGAAAUUACUGAUUUUAGUUAAAUUUUGGUCUAUUUUUUUUUUCAUUUAUCAAAUUAUUUAAAUUUUAAAUUAUCUUACAUUAGUUUAUUGCUUAAAUGGUAUUUAUUUCCUAUAUUAUAUUUGAAAUUAUAACAUUUGUAUACUUCAUGAUAAAUAGUU